CCGUGCUGCAUCCAGCCAACGGUCCUACGAAACACAUUCCUCUGUCUCAGACAGUGUAUAUCACGGCUCCACCUGCCAUCAACCCUACACACAUCAUCGUUCCGUCACUUUGCUGUGAACGCAGCUAGCCACCGCUUCGCUCGGAUUUUGGGCAGUCAGCUGAAGGACCAGCGCAUCGCGCCCUUUGGACUGCAAGCAUCUCCCUAGUGAUUGCCCACUCCACGCUACACCACGUGGAGCAUCAGCGGGUAUCCAGCAACCAGAAUAGGCCACGCGCACCUCCAACCUGCCCGUAUAGACGGUGUUCGAGUGUUCAUCCCGUCUGCUGUUCCUGGCGCUAGACGAGCAUGGCCACAGCCGAAGCCGCGGCGAGACCGCAUGACCGGCAGACGACGCGCAAGCGGCCCUUUGCGGGCUGGAUGAGGCGGCUUGCGAAUCUCAAGCACUCGUCCUCAGACAGCCAGAACGGCGUUGGAAAGAAAAAUGGCGCUGGGAAGAAGGCGUCUGCGCAGAACAACCCGUACCCAGAGUCCGGUCGCAUCGAUCCGGAUGCGCCGGGCCACCUCUCCUUUUCGACGCCCGACACGCCGCACUCUCACGAGAGCUUCACAUCGGCCGAACAAGCCGCCGCAGCACAACAGCGCCAACAUGCCAAGAGCACGAGAUCGAAUGCGCCAACUGUGGCGACGAUACCGGAAACAGUGCACUCGCAACGGUCCAAGGCAGAAACGGGGAACACCAACCAGAACGGCGGCAGCACUUUCUCGUCGCCGAAUGGCUCGGAGCACUCUCUCACCACCACCCUGACGACAAUACAGUCCACCGCACCCUCACACAUAUUAGGCGCAGGCCCGACGACGCAGUCCGCAGCGACAACAAAUGCCCCGCCUGUGCACUUCUCCCACCAGUUCCCCACCUCUUCUCCACCCCUCGCGAUCCCGCCUCAUUUGGCCCCGCAGCAGGGUCCCCAUUCGUAUCAUGUCGCGACAGCGAACAAUGUGCUUACCGAUGAUGCAUCGAUUCUGACCCUUGCAUCGUCCUCGAAGCGUCGCCGCCGCAACUCGCUCGACACGAACGCCUCAGUGCGCGCCAUGGCCCCCUCCUCGCACUAUGGGGGCAGUCGAGAGUCGCUUCCCCUGAGUGUACUAUCUGGUAACGUAGACGCCAUAUACUCGGCCUCGAUCAGGCCGGGCAAUGUCAACAGCCUUUCGAAUGCAAACGCCGAGCGCGCGAGUGUCUACUCUGUGUCUGGUGCCACAGCCCCGGCGCUUACCAGCGAGCGCAACAGCUACUACGCGAACAAACAAGCGGACGGACUCAGUGUACGGAGUGGGUUGCUCGGCCAUGGUCGCACAGAUAGCAUCAGCAGCAUCAGGGCCAUGCACACCGCCAGCCCCCUGGCAAGCCCUCGCGAGCCACCGCUGGCCACGAAGCUAAGUCGACGGAGCUCCGAAUGGAUCCCUGAUGCUCGAGAGGCGAGUGAUGAGGAGGAGGGGAUGGAGGAGGAGGAGAGCGCAGCGGCACCCACACUUCAGGACGAAGCAAAGGAUAGAGACCCCUCGAAGCCGGCAUUGUAAACGAUGUUUGACGUUCGAUAAGAACGCGCGAGGAGCGUACGUAGGUGCAAGGAUCCUUUUGGCACGAAAGAGUAGACCGGGCUGCGGUUGAUUAAAUUGAAUGCAGGGCGCUGGGAGGGCAUUCUCGAUUAUAUACCCAUGGCUUUCAAGCAGAGCCUACCAAUAUUACUGAGUUCCACACAGUCGUCUUAGGAGUGCGUGUCGCACGUGAACCGUGGCUGAAUGCUUCAAGCUGACAGUAGGAAAGUGCGAUGACCCAAAACCAGCAACCGAUGACGUACGAAGUACUCACCAACAACAAUCUCACGACGAUCC